AUGGCAGAGGCUAAUUUAAAGAAAGAAGAGGACUCCUUCACAUGUCCAGUCUGUCUAGAUCUGCUGAAGGAUCCUGUGACUAUUCCCUGUGGACAUAAUGUCUGCAUGGGGUGCAUUGAGGGUUGCUGGGAUCAGGAAGAUGGUAAAGGCAUCUACAGCUGCCCCCAGUGCAGACAAACAUUUAGCCCAAGACCUGUUCUCGGUAGAAACAUUCUGAUUGCUGAAAUGGUGGAGGAAUUUAAGAAGACCAGAAUCCAAACUGAUGUUCCUGCUCACUGUACUGCUGGACCUGGAGAUGUGGAGUGUGACGUCUUUACUGGGACAAAACUCAAAGCUGUGAAGUCCUGUCUGGAUUGUGUGUUGUCUUACUGUGAAACUCACUUUGGAGUUCACAAUGAUGUAAACCCAGACAGAAAACACUCAGUGAUUGAUGCCAUGGGCCAGCUACAGGAGAGGAUCUGCUCUCAUCAUAAGAAGGUUUUUGAAAUAUUUUGUAGAACGGAUCAGAGUUGUAUCUGCUAUCUGUGCACAAUGGACGAACAUAAAGGCCAUGACACAGUCUCAGCUGCAGCAGAACAGACAGACAAACAGAGGCAGUUGGGGCAGACCCAGAGGAGAUUCCAGCAGAGAAUCCGGGAGAGAGAGAAGGAGCUGCAGGAGCUGAGGAAUGCUGUGGAGACUCUCAAGAGCUCUGCACAGACAGCAGUGGAGGACAGUGACAGGAUCUUCACUGAGAUGAUCUGCUCCAUUGAGAGAAGGUGCUCUGAGGUGAAAGAGCUGAUCAGAGAUCAGGAGAAGGCUGAGGUGAGUCGGGCUGAAGACCUCCUGAAGCAACUGGAGCAGGAGAUUGCUGAGCUGAAGAGGAGAGAUGCUGAGCUGGAGCAGCUUUCACACACAGAGGAUCACAUCCAUUUCCUCAAGAAUGUCCUGUCAAUCAGAGACUCUCCUCGCUCUAAGGACUUACCCAGCAUGACCUUCAACCAAAGCUUCUCUUUUGAGGCUGUGAAGGAAUCUGUCUCUGGAGUGAAGGUGCAGCUGGAGGAGAAACUGGAUGACAUCUUCAGGCAGGAAGCAGUCAGGAUAUCUGCAGCGGUGUCUGAAGUCCAGGCUGUUUUUCCUGAACCAGUGACCAGAGAGGAGUUCUCACAGUACUCCUGUCACUUCACACUGGAUCCAAACACAGCACACAGAAAGCUCCAUCUGUCUGAGGGGAACAGGAGGGUGGAGUGGAGAGAUGAGCUCCAGUCAUAUCCUGAUCAUCCAGAGAGAUUUGAUGUGUAUUAUCAGGUGCUGUGUAGAGAGGGUGUGUCUGGACGCUGCUACUGGGAGGUUGAGAGGAGUGGGGGGUAUGUUUAUAUAUCAGUCUCAUAUAAAAGCAUCAGCAGGAGAGGAGGGGUUAAUGAGUGUGUGUUUGGAUGUAAUGAUCAGUCCUGGAGUCUGGCCCUCAGCAGCAGCAGCUCCUCUUUCAGACACAAUAAUAAACAGACUAAACUCCCUCUAGUGGCCAACUCCAGAAUAGGAGUGUAUGUGGAUCACAGGGCAGGAACUCUGGCCUUCUACAGCAUCUCUGACACAAUGACCCUCCUGCACAGAGUCCAGACCACAUUCACUCACACAAUCUACCCUGGGUUUUAUCUAGUUUAUGGAUCAUCAGUGAAGCUGCUGUGACUGACAUGUCUAGAUGCUGUUAGCACAUACAUCUCACACAUCACAUCAU